AUGGCACUGGCUGCCCCAACGCUGAAGUGGAUGGAUCCUCUGGGAAAACUGGGGGCCAAGGCAGCGAAGGACCGCUGUGCACCCUGCAGGCUACAGCAGGGAUGUUCUGGGCCCCAGGGACCCUUCCUGGGUGUGACCGGCGUGAGCAGAGCCAGGAACUGGGCGGUGAUCGCAUCCCUUACCGUCCGCCAGGCCUUCCACGUUCAUUGUCUCAUGAGGAGGGAGGUCCCUGCCUAUGGCCCACCUCCGGGGAUACUGAGGGUGACUGAACUGUCAAUGCCUUCCGACCAGUAUGAGCUGCAGCUUCAGAACAGCACCCCAGGCCCUAAAGGGGACCCAGCGAGGCUCAUGGCUAUCUUGACCCAGGACACGUCGAUGGUCACUGCACUGCAGCUGGGACAGAUCAGCCUCGUCCUCAGCCACAGGAGUCUUCGCAUGCAGGGUGCUUCUAGGCUACCCAACAGCACCAUUUACGUGGUAGAACCUGGUUACCUAGGGCUCACCGUCUACCCUGGGGACAGGUGGGUGCUGGAGACAGGCCGCUCCUAUGAAAUCACCAUCGAGCUGUUUGACAAGUCCAGCAACAAAGUCUACCUGUCAGAUAACAUCCGAAUCGAAACCUCGCUUCCUCCUGAAUUCUUUGAGGUGCUCUCAUCUUCCCGGAAUGGGUCGUACCAUCACAUCCGGACAAUAAAGAGAGGCCAGACAGCCAUCAGUGCAGCCCUCACCUCUGUGGUGGACCAGGACGGAGGGGUCCACAUGCUACGGGUACCUGUGUGGAACCAGCAGGAAGUGGACAUUCACAUGCCCAUCACCCUCCAUCCCAGCAUCUUGACAUUUCCAUGGCAACCAAAGACCGGUACCUAUCAGUAUACGAUAAAGGCCCAUGGCGGCAGCGGGAACUUCAGCUGGUCUUCGUCAAGCUACACAGUUGCCACAGUCACCGUCAAGGGAGUGAUGACCACAGGCAGUGACACUGGCCUCAGUGUGAUCCAGGCACACGAUGUCCAGAACCCACUGCAUUUUGGUGAGAUGAAGGUGUGUGUGAUUGAGCCCAGCAGCAUGGAGUUCACCCCAUGUCAGGUGGAGGUGCGCGUGGGCCAGACCCUGGAGCUGCCUUUGAGGAUCAACGGUCUCAUGCCUGGCGGGGCGGCGGAGGUGGUCACCCUGAGCGACUGCUCCCACUUUGACUUGACGGUGGAGGUGGAGAACCAGGGCGUGUUCCAGCCACUCCCGGUUCAGGUCACACGUGAUAGGACUCUGGUCAUGGCUCUGAAGAAGGGGCUACAUCAGGUCCCCUCGGUGGCCCUGCCCAGGCCUGCCCUCCCCAGCAGUACCCUCCAGCUCUACCGUCUUCCCACUGGACCCCAUUUCUGCCGUGCCCACGUGGUUGGCACCUUCUCAGAAGCCCCUCGGCUGUGGGCACUACUGGGAAACUCCCCACAGAGACCCCAACUCCCUUGA